GUCAAAGUUGCGUGGUUGUUGAGUUGAUGUAAUACUUGCUUGUGAAGUGAAUAAGCGGCACAUCCAUGCCAUACAUAAUGCGAAAUAUUCAAAUAAUCGUACUUACUACUUCUGGAAAUGCAAUCAACCAUAAACAUAACGCUGGUAACAUAAUAACUGAAGAAAAACGGUGUUGAAACUCACUACUGACGUACGUUUUGUGCAAAUGGUUGUUGAUCUUAAACGUAGUUUCUCGGACUGUAAACACACUAUUUGAUUCUGGAAAGCAAUGGCCGGGGCAACUUUACCUGAACGGGUUGCUCAGAUCUAUUAUACAUAUGGUCUAUUUUGUUCAUCUUACCCAGUUAUUGCGAUCACGUUAUCGCUAUCUGUAGUUCUACUGUGCUGUUAUCCUUUACUCAACGUACCGCUCCCAGGAAACAUCCCUACUGUUGUGAAUUUACCAUGGCAUAUGGACAAUUUCAAAAAUCCACUGCAAGCUGAUUGUAACACCAAAAGUUGCUUCCAGAGCGAUGAUAUAUCUGAGCAGCUGAACACUCUACUGAAUGAGACACAAAAACUUCCUUAUCUCUGGGUGAAAGAGAAGCCUUUGCUCUAUGUGCAUCAAAUAAUCAUGAAAAUUGGUGUGUCACCUUGGAACAAUAAUCUUAAAAUGUGGGAUGCAUUCAGAGCACCCCUUCAGGAAGUGUUUAGAAUACUGGAAACUAUACGCAACCAUGAAGAUUCUGAUACAAAGAGUACUCUGCUACACCAUUGCUACCAAAUCGAAGGCAUCAAGCGACGUCACGGCGAAGCGAGCUUUGAGCAGGUGCUACCCGAAUACAGCUGCUUAUUGUUAUCGCCAGCGAACCUGUGGCAACAGAGCUUGCAAUCUUUCUCACUAGACCCUAACAUCGUGAAUACUAUUUUCAAAUAUCAAAAAAGCAAACCUAUUGCUGAGAUGGCCUUCGGCAUGCAACUUCGUGACACUGGCAUUAAGCGAUAUCCACUCCGCGCUCGACCACGUGUCCUUCAGUAUGCUAUCACCAUAUUUUACCAAAACCCCGAACAAAGAUUCAUUCAAUCUCUCAGCAAAAAAUUAAAAGAAAUGUACCCAUUGUAUCAAGAAACAUACAAGCGUAUCAAUGAAGUAACAUUAAUAUAUUAUCCAGGCCAAUUCAAUUAUAGAGAACUGGUCCCCCUUAUGAUAACCUUUGUAGGGUUGCUUUUGUAUGUUUACUUUUCAGUGAGGAAAAUCGAGUUCAUCAAAUCAAAAUUUGGUCUUGCGGCAUGUGCUGUAGUAACUGUAGCCGGUAGUUUAUCUAUGUCCAUGGGUAUCUGUUUUUAUUUUGGAUUUUCUUUGAGCCUCCAAGGCAAAGAAAUAUUCCCAUAUCUAGUCAUAAUUAUGGGACUUGAAAAUGUGUUGGUACUCACCAAGAGUGUUACAUCAACGGAUUCGAGGCUCGACGUCAAGAUACGACUAGCGCAGGGCCUGAGCAAAGAAGGCUGGUCUAUUACCAAGAACUUGCUCACUGAAAUCACAAUAUUCACUGUCAGCUUCUUCACGUUUGUGCCAUUUAUCCAGGAGUUCUCGAUUUUCAUGAUUGUAAGCCUCAUAUCUGAUUAUUUCGUACAAUUGGUGUUCUUCGCUACGAUACUAGGCAUAGAUGUUUGCCGAAUGGAAUGCUUUCAGGACCAAAACGAUAAGUUGCACUUGAAAGAUUAUUUUAACGCCUCCAAUGCUUUAAAUUGGCGGUUCAGUAAGAAUUAUGUAGAUGAAAAUAAUAUAUCGCCCCAAAUAAUGAAAAAAUCUAAAUCUCAUCCGAGACUGAACGGGUUGGCGCAGUCAAGUCCGACCGAUGUAGUAGCAAAAAGAAAUGCAAGCCCCGGACAUCAGGAUAAUAGAGUACCUAAGCGUAUACGGUUAGUUAAUCUUUGGGCGAGAACACGAUUUUUUCAAAGAGCUUUUAUGGUGUGGAUGCUGGUGUGGAUAUCUAUGAUAGUCUACAAUUCGGGAGUGGUCGAUUACUUCAUAGCAAGCACCGAGAGGAGCGACACAAACAAAGACGUAUAUGCGAAUAAUCAGCAAAAAAAGGAGCUGAGGCAAUCUUUAUUCAUGUCCUUCAAUACCAGCGAAAAUAAUCCUCUAGUAUUUUCGCCAUUGCCGAACAUAAUCGAAAAAGAGAAGUCGCCAGUCGAUGCAAAUGACACGAUCAUAUUUAAACAUUCGCCACAUUCAAGACCUUGGUCAAGGCUGUCACCGUAUCACUGGUCGGGUAUAUUGUCGCAAUACAACGAGUCUAUGGGUGGACGUUUUGCGGUCAUACUGCCGCCGUUGUUGCUGUCGCACCGCGUUAGCCCUGAACUAGCGGUUACUGUUCGGAAUCCGGAAGAGAGAGACCCACCACCGCUGCGCUGGCAAGCUCUCGCUGCGGCUUUAGACCCCAUUGACAUCAUAACUGAUUUCGAGUUGAUCGAGGCAAAGAGCCAAUCACAUCACUGGAGCCAGGGCUCAGAGCUGCCGAUUUACCCGACGACGCCCAUGGAGAUUUUACUUCUAGCUAUCCUCUGUACCAUCAGCGUCGCUGUCAUCGCCUAUAUGAUGGUCGUUCUAUAUAGAUGUGUGUGCUCUCGACAUUACGCGGAAUGGCGCGCCUCGUGGAACGAAGACAAUGAAUACAGAAAGAUCAUUGCAAAACAACCGGCGGUGCAGUUGGUGAUGGAGGCGGUCCCCUUAGUAGUGGCAGGGCACGUGCAAGAAGUGGAAUGCCUCGUGACCGACGGGGAGAAGGUAGUCAGCUCGUGCCUGCAGGGCAACAUCAAGGUUUGGGACUCGCAGAAUGGGGAGAUCCUCACCAAUAUAGACCGUUGCUCAUUUUUCAAAUUACAAAACGAACUCUACAGCAAAGUUAAUUCGAAAAAAAUCGAAUGCACAGACACUAUUGAAGAAAUUUAUCACGAAAAUGUGUCUCCGCAACAAAAAGAGUCUAUACCGAGAUUACGCAAAAGGCUGAACGAUCAUUUGAGCGGACUGAGGUUUCGCACAAUGUCUGGACAACCGCCCCCUCACUUAUCCGUUGCCGAAACUACUAAAUAUGACUUCGCGAAAAACUAUAGGGAUUUAUAUUGCAGCAAACAAUCACAGGACAUUUAUAACUGUUACGAAGCAAAGGAAAAUGUGGAUACUAGUAAUUUGAACAUACAGAGCCAUGGGCAAACAGAUACAAGUGUAAAAACUGACAAAGAAAGUGACAAAUGUGAUAAUAAUAUGUUGUCAUCGAGUGUGUGUGAUAGUGAAGUUAACCAUUUACGGAAUCAAAGUAAGGGUAGGUUAGUGAGUGGCAGUAGUGUCGACAACAGAACCGACAGUGUAGUGAACUGUGAGGAAGUGACGAACUCUGACUGCAAGGGAGCACCGAUUACAGAAUCUCCCGUUUGGUGCAUGGACUUUUGCAAUGACCUCAUCAUACUGGGUUGUGCUGACGGCAGAAUUGAGUUCUGGGAAGCCAGCUCAGGCAAGCUAAUGUGUAUAUGGUGGAGCGGCGGUAAGUCGCACGGGGUGACGCACGUGCGCGCGUUGUCUGGCGCACGCCGCGUGUGCGCUGCGUCGCUGGGCGGCCAGCUGACAUUGCUGCGGCUGGACGCUCACAACGCCGCCUCAGGCGCGCUCGUCGACUGGCGGUUCAGCACCGCGCACCGGCGGACACACAAACGCACAGGCUCUGCGGGUUCCCUGCAUAGCGUUCAGUGCGGUGACAACUCUCCCAGAAUGAGUUAUCCUUACAACACAGAGCUGAUAGACACAGAAGAGGUGGUGUGCGUGCGUGUGGCCCAGUGUAGACCGCACCAGCAGCCUAUCACAGAGAUGCAAUCAGAGGGGGAGCGCAUCCUCACCGGCGGCCAGGACCAUGUGCUCAAGGUAUUUUCGAGCACCGAUCUUAGUGCAUUGUUUACACUGCACGGUCACUGUGGUCCAGUGACCAGCUGCUUUAUAGAUCAUGCUACUCCUAUUAUAGCUGGCAGUGGGUCUCAGGAUGGCCUACUCUGUGUAUGGGACCUACACACAGGGGCGUGCCUGUACAGCACGCAAGCCCACGACGGCGCGGUAACGUCACUCGCGUAUACCGCCUCAUACGUAGUGUCUGCGGGCGCGGACGAACGACUGUGCAUCUGGGACCGAUUCCAGGGCCACAUGCUCAACUCCCUGCAUAUAGGUUUAAAUUAUAUGAGCCGUUUGCUACCACUUACACACUCUUUGCUGGUGAUGGGAGACCGUAGCAGCCUCACCGUCUAUGACCUUAGUAGUGGAGAAGUUAUACGGCGAGUUUUGCUCGGCCAGAGCGACGGUUGCAUCUUCGUGAGACAAAUACUACCGCUUAAGGACGCCAUAGUAUGCGACUAUGCUAAUCAGUUGCGAAUAGUGCGUUUCCCAUUAGUGUCGAGACUUUCUUGCACAAAAAUGGACUAACACUCUGUCACGCGUGUACAUUUUGUGCACAAAAACCACAACGUACAAACAUCAACAUUAUAAAUAAAACAAGAAACGAUAGCCUUCCUAAGUGUCUUAAUACUAAUUAAAAUAAAAUGUAUUAUACAGUUGAACAUAAGUGGUACUUACCUUGAGUGUAAUAAUUCCAUGUCCUAUUCACGGGUAUAAUUGUUGUGUAAUUUCUUAUUUGAAAUUUUUAGGACUAACGAUAGUGUUUGUUAUUUAUUAAUUUAUUACCUAUUUCAAUAAUUAAUUCUUCGCAGUAAUUAGUAGCGAGCAAUUAAACUAUGCUUUUUCUAAAAUUCCGGCGUUAACAUGACGAGUCUUAUUUAUUAAAGAUGAAUGAAUAAAUGUUAUGAUGUACCUAUUUGUCUUAUUUAUGUCUUAUGUAUUGAUGUUAGAGUUGGGUCUCUCAAUUAUUAUUGUACAGUUCUGUAAAUAUUUGCUUCUUACAUAUAUACAUUUGCAAAACCAAAGUGUUUUUUCUUUUACCCAAUUGCUUUUCUUUCCAAAUCCAUUUUGUUGCAGAGGUCCAUAGUGCUACCUUGAUGUCAGACGUACCAGCACCUGUGUAUAAAUGCGAUUCAACUAAGAAUAGGACCGACUGGGCGCCAUAUUGUGAUGUCAUAGCUGUCAAGUCAAACCAAAUAGGAGCAAAAAGUUUUUAUUUAAUAAAAGUAAGAUUAAGUGAGAAAAAGCAUCAGUUUUUUUUAAUAACAUUUAUUUACUAAGAUUGAGAAAAAAACCAUAAUUUUUAAUAAUAUUUAUUUAUUAAGACUGCGAGAAAAAAAAAUCAGAAUCUAGCUCUUCUAUUCUGCUCAUCACCUCUCCCUCCUUGGAUGUCCUGAUGGGCAGACGUGUUUCGAAGUAACAAGUGUAUAAAUAUAUAUUUUCGAAAUAAUUAAAUAUGAAUUAAAUUGCUGUGCGUUACCAGGAUCGCAACAAUUGUCGAUAGUGAAAGCCGUUGGACAAGGACAUACCUACAUCAGAGUGAGUGUGACAAUUUACUGUUGCUCAUUUCAUCCUUGCACUUAAAGUUUAACGCCUUCAAGGCCACCUGCUGCGAUUCGCUACGCGAAGUCCCGCCCAUUAGCGCAGGAGCAAGUUUUUGAGAGGCGGAGCUCACCCGUCCUUGAGACGUGCUGUUUGCAACGCACGCACACGAACAAGAUCGCUUCUGCCGACGGAAUAUUUAGGCCUACUUUUUGAAGCGUCAAUUGGUUUUAUUAAGAAUGAUUCGAUCACCUGCGAAUAAACAAGAUAUGCCUAAGUUAUACCUAUGGAUCCGCUCCUGACCUGAGUGAAGUCAAGGAGGACGAUAGUCCGGAUCAAAUAAAAGACAUCGUUGCGAAUGCAGUGGCUUAGAAGAAUCAACACUGGACUCUUUUAUAAAGUCCCUUACAAUAUGGAAAAAAGAUACGGAUACAAUGCUUU